AGGAGGCUGGAGGCUCCCACCCGGUCCCGCCCCGGGGGGGUGACACGUUUCAGCGAAGGCCCCUGAGCCCCCCGGACACACCCACUGUGAGGACACGCCCUUCCCUGGACACGCCCUUCCCCGGACGUGCCCACCUGGGUCACGCCCUCCCAGGGGCCACAAUGUCUGGGUUCCCCCCAAAGGGGUGUUCCCCGACCCCCUCCAGCCUCACCCUGGGUGAGGGGCCCUCGAGUGGCCCCUCCCCCCAGUGUGGCCCCACCCCUUCCCCCUUUCGGUUUUGGUGGUGGAUUUUUUUCUAAUAAAUGGGUGAAAAAAAGCGGAAUUUGGGGCUGGAAUGGGGGGAAGGGACGGGCCGCUGGGUCCUUCCUGUGGGUGGGACCCCCGGAGUUCCCUCUCCUCUCCCUCCCCACCGUCCCCCACUUCCCCCCAUGGCGCCCGUGGGGCUGAUCCUGCUGCUGCUCUGCGCUGCCCUGGGGCCCAGCGCGGCCACGCCCGUCUGGUGCUUCGCCCGAUUGGAGGAGGCUGAGGGGGGCGGGGCCUGCGUGGAGCUACUGGGCGACGAGCCCGUCCCAUUGGCUGACUGCUGCCUCAACCCUGCCUACGGCUACAGGCUCCGCCCCCACGGCCGCUGCCUCUCCUGCCGACAGGGUGAGUGGGGCCCCUGGGGCCCCUGGAGCAGCUGCUCAGUGACCUGUGGGGAGGGGACCCAGCGGCGGGGACGCAGCCGGAGCUCCGGCGGGGACGAUGGGGACAGGAGGGACUGGCAGCUGCAAGCGUGUCACCUGCCCUGCUGCCCAGGGCGUGGCUUUGGAGGGGGGGUUUGGAGGGGGCGGGGUCAGAGCAGGCGCUGCUGCUCGGCUCUGGAUUAG